AUGGAGAAGUCUUAUUGCAAGUUUCGAAUCUUGAUGAUUCUACCACUCAUCUUUGUGGUUCUAGAAGCUCAUAUGCUUAACGAAAAGCGAAAGUCAAAACAAGAGGUGUUUCCUUAUCUGUAUCAGAUUUAUGAGGAUCUCAAGCGCUUGUUCGGACAAGAUCCUUCUAAGAACGAAAGCGUAGCUCCUGUUGAGAACCACUACAUCACUGUGCCAAGCGAGUUUCAUUACUCUGGGCAUAUAGCUAACCCCAAUCCAUUGGAGCAUAUUCUUCCCUUGAAGAUGCAGUCUGGUCCCUCUACUUUGGUUGCCGAUCCGGAACAAAUAGAUGAGAGUAUAGCAGAUGAGCUAGAGUUAGAAAGCCUUAAACCCGAAAUAAUGUUGAGUCCUUUGGGCACUGAAGAGUCCGGUUCAUCAAUACCGCCUGCCAAGAUUGAGUCAACAAACUCCGUGCCCAAUGGCAAGCUUGCUACCAAGGUUGUGGUUGGAGGCCAAAACGUCGAGGAACCCAAUGUUGAAGCUAAUGCUCUAGUUGAGAAAGUUGCCGAGAAAAAGAUCCCAGCUAGUCCAGUAGUCGAAGGUGCCGAUGAGUCAAGUGAGCAAACCAAGGUUCUACUUGAGAAGUUUAACGAAGAAAGCUCGCAAGACAAGUCAUUAGGUGAGAAGGAAGAGUUAGGUGAAACUGCGGAUGAAUCUAACAGCCAAUCAAAUGCUACCGAAUCUAAGACUCAGCUUAACCCAAGCACCGAGGCUCUUAACGAAGAAAACACUCAAGACAAGUCAUUAGGUGAAACUGCGGAUGAAUCUAACAGCCAGUCAAAUGCUACUGAAUCCAACACUCAGCACAACCCAAACACUGAGGCUCUUAACGAAGAAAGCACUCAAGACAAGUCAUUAGGUGAAACUGCGGAUGAAUCUAACAGCCAGUCAAAUGCUACCGAAUCCAACACUCAGCACAACCCAAACACUGAGGCUCUUAACGAAGAAAGCACUCAAGACAAGCCAUUAAGUGAGAAUGAAGAAUCUAACAGCCAGCCAAAUGCUACUGAAUCUAAGACUCAGCUUAACUCAAGCACCGAGAGAGACGAGGAGUCAAACGCUGACACUAAUGGCCUACUUGAGAGAUCAGAGGACCUUGAAGAGUCUAGCACCGUGUCCAACAUUCUAACUGGAUCCUCUAGCACCGAACAACAUAAAGCCAACACAUUGCCGACUUAUGUUCACCGCACUUCCAAGUCUGAAAGCAAACACCACGGAAAGAAGCACACCACCUCUGAAUCAAAGCACUCUACAUUGCCUCGCAAGAAGACACGCGGACACCACAGUAAGUCGAAGCGAACUGUUCGAGCAGUACCUGAAGCCCCAGCACGGCCAAGAAGCCCAUCUCACAAAAUGAGCACUACCAACGCUUUGCCACAAGAAACCUCGACUUCCACCCUCAUCCCUAGUUCUAAUUCUAACUCUACCACCGACCCCAUUCCAAACAACACGCCUGCUCUUCUCAAUCAAUCCAAUGAGCCACAACCCAAAGACAUUCCUGCCACACAAGUCUCUAGUAAGACAGAGCCCCGAGUCGAUGAGCCAAAGGAGCAGACUAGUACUCUUUCAGCUGAACCCGUAGUUGCUGAGACCAAAGCCGUCGCUAAGGAAUUCAACGAGAUAGUCCCUGUUUCUUCUACUCCAGACGAGUUGGUCGUUUCUAACCCUACCCAAGUAGUUGCUCGUAAAGAAGAAAGCACCGACGACAACGAACCAGAUUACAUCUUUGGAAUCUCUCCUUUGAAACCAGUCCAAAUAGAAGACGACACCGGAAGUAAUGGCCAAAUGGUACACAAAGUCCGUCUUCAAAAAGGAUCAGUUCUCUUCUCCAAGCCUGCCAUUGUCACCCAAGGUUCCGAAUCAAUCACCAACAAGCAGUUUGAUGAGGGAAUUUACGAAAUCUCAGAAGGAUUCUUUGUUAUCUCCUCCAAUAAGCGGCACUCCACCCCAAAGAACAAUCUGCCCGCUCUUAACAACGAUGCUGAAGAACUUGCCACCUCCGUGGUCAUCUCCGAAAUCACGCCAAAUGACGAGCAGACAACCACACAAGAUCAAGCAACUGUCUCAGAGAAGGAAGCUCCCUCAGAACAGACAGCCAUGAAAGAGGACGAGCCCGCCACCGUUUCAAGCGAAGGUCAAAAUGUACCAUUAGAAGAUGACAACGCCACGGUGUACUACGAUGAGGAUGAUGAUUCCGAAAGCUCAAUUGGAUUUGUACGACAAUACAUGUACAAGCCGGUUGGUAAGAAAAAUCGCCGUAUAGACAAAGCCUCCUACGAACAAUACUACCCUAAGGGCCGAGACGGUAGCUCAGUCGAUGACUCUACUUCUGUCAACAGCCAGAAUACCUCCACUAGUUUCACCUCUGAUAGUGGUCGGUCUUCUCCCAGUGCAUGUAACAGAAUGAGCACUCUCGUCACCCACAAACUAGUAGCCCGCCUAAACCCCAACACCAACCAAAUCGUAAUGUGUGCAGCCGCCCCUGCUCAGUAA